AUGGGGCUGCGAACGGGUCUCAUCAUCGGGACGACGUCCUUCUUGCUAGGGACGCUGGCGAUGCACUGGACUGCCGACCAUCUCAUCCUAUGGCAGUCGCCCGUGACCUACGAUUCCGUCGUCACCGCAUACACUUACUACAAAGACACCAUGGUGGAGAUGCCGUCCAUCUUCAGCAAAUUUCUUCAUGCUGUUGGCGCCGCCGGCCUCGUCUACUAUCACAAGAUCGCACCAAGCCUUGCCGCUCUUCCACUAAAAGCACCUUCGUCUGGAGCAGCCGCUGUCAACGCCAGGGACGCCGUCUUCGCUCCGCUCCGUGAAAUCGCCACUUCCCACACGGUCCUCGCCGUCGCCCUUGUCGGCGUCAUAUUGUUGCAGAGCGGUCAGUACUACAGCGAACGUCUCGAGGAACGCGAACGCAUCGAAGAGGACGAGGCCCGUCUCAGAAGAAGACAGCGUCGACGCGAGCAAGAAGAGAAGCGCAAGCUGCAGACAACCGCUUCGACUCAGUCCUAG